AGUGUAUGUCGGAUCAGAGCUGAAGGGGACGUUUGUUUUGCUGUACGAGACGCGCUUGUGUGGUCGGAGUCUCACGUAUUGCUCGCGUUCUUUGCUAACGGUUAGCUGCUGUAGUAAAAACAAGCGCACACCUGUUGCUUUUGCUUACACUGGAUACUUCAGGCCUCAACUGUUUACAGUUGUGAUGCUAAGGGCUACAUUGUUUAUGUGUUUUUUUAUUAGCAUUGUUCCAGCAGUGGUUUACACAUUUUCUUGCCUGUUUUAAUAUUCCAGACCCUGUGAGGGCUUUUGUCAGCUUUCGCUCCAUCUCAGCGAUUUAUUUUGAGAUCAGAAACCACAAAUAGCGAGCAAGUUUACGCAUCUUUAACGUGGGAUAACGUUAACUUAACGUUAGGCUAACUUUCUUUUCUAACUAGUUUAGCUGGCGGUUAGUGCGUAAGCUAACUCUCAUAUGUUUUCUUUGUCAUUUAAAGCGUGAUAGUGUGAAAUGACUUUUUCUGACCAGCUAACUGAUGUUAACAUCAGUUUUAUACUCUUUUGCUCUGUACAUACGUUAACUGUCUAACGUUAAAUAAUGACUAUUACAAUAUCGGCGGCCGUUUGCUGUCAUUGAUAUCGUUGCUAAUGAAGGUGUGGUAGUGUAACCCCCACCCUCCCCAACUCCCCCAUCAUGUUAAGUUUCCUGCGCAGGACGCUGGGGCGUCGCUCCAUCCGGAAACAUGCUGAGAAAACUCGGUUGCGGGAGGCCCAGCGCGCCACAACGCACAUCCCUGCUGCUGGGGAUGCAAAGUCUAUCAUCACCUGCCGUGUGUCCUUACUGGAUGGGACAGACGUCAGUGUGGACUUGCCGAAAAAAGCCAAAGGUGAAGAGCUGUUUGACCAGAUCAUGUACCAUCUGGACAUCGUAGAGAAAGACUAUUUUGGACUGCGCUUCAUGGACUCAGCACAAGUGCCGCACUGGCUUGAUGUUACAAAAAGUAUCAAAAAACAAGUGAAAAUUGGCCCACCGUACUGCCUUCACAUGAGAGUCAAGUUUUACUCCUCAGAACCCAACAACCUGCACGAAGAGCUCACCAGAUACCUAUUUGUGUUACAGUUAAAGCAGGACAUCCUCAGUGGCAAGCUAGACUGUCCAUUUGACAUAGCAGUGGAGUUGGCUGCCUUCUCACUACAGGCUGAGUUAGGUGAUUGUGAUCCAUUAGAGCAUAGUCCAGAGCUGGUGACAGAAUUUCGCUUCAUCCCCAAUCAGACAGAGGACAUGGAGCUGGCGAUAUACAACGCAUGGAAGGAGUGCAGAGGUCAGACACCAGCCCAAGCUGAAAUUAACUACCUGAAUAAAGCCAAGUGGCUAGAAAUGUAUGGAGUGGACAUGCAUAUGGUCAAGGCCAGAGAUGGUAAUGAAUACAGUCUAGGUUUAACACCCACUGGGGUUCUGGUGUUUGAAGGACAAACCAAGAUUGGGCUCUUCUUCUGGCCCAAGAUCACUUGUCUGGAUUUCAAGAAGAGUAAACUGACUCUUGUGGUAGUGGAGGACGAUGAACAGGGCAAAGAACAGGAACACACCUUUGUCUUCAGGAUGGACCACCCCAAGGCUUGUAAGCACCUGUGGAAGUGUGCUGUAGAACACCAUGCUUUCUUUAGGCUGAGAGGUCCGGUACAGAAGAACUCUGCACGCUCUGGAUUCAUACGCAUGGGGUCCCGUUUCAGAUACAGUGGGAAGACAGAGUAUCAGACAACCAAGGCCAAUAAAGCAAGGCGGUCAGCCUCGUUUGAGAGAAGACCCAGUCGACGUUACUCCAGAAGAACCAUGCAGAACAGAGGACCCCUCCAUCCCCAGGAGGUUCUUUCCUCAGGCAAUGGAGUCAGUUCCAGCAAAGACAACAAGGUUGCUUUCAGUAGAGGUGCCUGGUCAGGCAUGCCUGUGGUCAGCCCAGUAGCUGCUUCUUCCUGUGCACCGAUGGAAAUCGAGGCUCUACCAAGGAGUCCUGGAGGAGAAAAGAGGAGUAUGCCCUUGGUUGCUGAUCUGAUGGAGACGUGCAUCGAUGAUGUCCUCAGGGCUCCUGCCAUUCCCACAGCGACAGCCACAGACGAGGCCGGACCAAGCAACGCCCACGCCGCCCCCAGUAUCGCAGGGGAGGAUCCUCUCAGCCUCAGCGAAGCAGCAGCUCGACUGAAGCAGCUGGCAUUGGACAGCAGUCCUCUGCUUGCUACUCUGAGAAAUAAUGUCAACGUCAACGUGGCAUUAAACAAUCAGGAGGAUGUGGUGAAGCUCACAGAGAAGUGUGGUCUGAACAGCGCAGGCAGCAGUAGUCCAGUUGUCACUCCACUGCGCACCCCGGAGGAUCUGAAGAGUAACAUCCUGAAAGCACAAGCUGAGGCUGCUGCCCUCAAGGCACCUUUGGAGGAACACGUCAUAGUGGUUGGAGAUAAAAACUGUAACUUGCAGGAUACUUCUGAAAGGUUAAAGGUGCGUACCGGGCGAAUGGGCAGCAACUCGUCUCUGUCCGUUAGCAGUCGCCCUGACAUCCAAGAGUCCUGGGACCUGCUGAAGCCUGCCUCGCUGGUAUCACCGGCGGCCACCAGUGCUGAGAGGCUCGCUGAAGACAUAAACCCCUCUGUUCCCAAGAUGCCCUCCGAGUCUGCCAGCGAAGGAAUGGCACCAAAGGUUAUAGCAGAAGAUGUUGACCUACAAGGCACCGCCCCGCUGUCUGACAACCUAAUUGAUUUCACUGAUUCAACUCCUGUUCUACCACCAGUUCAGCAGCCCAAACCUGUCAUCACACCUCGCUGGAUCAUUCCUACAGCUGCUCCUCCUGGUGUCUUUACUAACGGCCUGCUCAACCUUGACCCCCCUGCUAAGGUCACCCCUCUUCUCCCUGCUGAUGGGGGGGCAGCUGUCGUUCCAGCCCUCCCCCACUUCGCUCACACACGUAACACCAUCUCCACCAGCAGCACUGUGGGUCAGCAGCCGUCCUCGGAGGAUGGAGCCAAACCCAGAGGUCUUCUGACCACUGAGCUCUGAUGGAGAAAUGAGGAGCCACCGUCACAGCGUUGGUCACCCUGAUCACUUUCUUUCCACCUCACACAUCCACACACAAGCAAGCUGUGCCAGGUGUGCUGCACACUGAGGGCUAAGAGCAAACUCAAACCAGGGAAGAGGCAGCUUACGGGCAACACAAACACAUUUCCCAUUGCAUCUGCCCUGACACGAAAAUCAUUAAAAAUGUGAGCACAGUGUUGUAAAACAUUUAAAACCUUUAGUAGCAGUAUAGUAAUGUUUUAGGAACACAUCACCUGUGAAUCUCCUGUUUGGGUUCACUGUCAGUGACCUGCCAUUUACAUAAUCCAUCCAGUCAACCAAACCUCAGUCUAUGAAAUCUAGCACCAUCUCCUUACGGAUGACAAGUGAUGACAAGUCUUGUUAUUCAGCUUGUUUGCUACAGAAGUGAAGUUGGGGAUAAAAUCUCACGAUGCUGUAAAGUAUUUUGCAUAAGAGCAUCACCACGGACUCGGGACUUUUAAGUCUAGGUUGUCUCUUUUAGUGCUGCUUUCCUCCUCCAUCUUCUGCCGUUUUAUCACACUGCUGGAUCCCUGCUGCUGCGAGCUUUUCUCUACACUCACAGCAUGUAGAGCUGCUGAAGUACACUGGAUCAACGACUAAAGAGGAAAAAAAGAGACUAAAAGUGUUGACAAAAACACCUGGACUCUCAAUGUGGUGAAGCAUGUGGAUAUGUUAGUUCUGUCCUUGUAGCAAACCUUUUUUUUUUAAACUCAGUCAAUACUGCAUGUGAAUCGCGACUGUUGGAAGCCACUGGAUGUGAAACUUCACUGGAAUUUCUUAGCAACACUGGAUCUUGAAACAGUUUUUUUUUUUCAUUGAAUGAAAGUAGAGACGGACACUUCAAUGAUUUUAUUAUCCUACUCUCAGUUUUGGGAGGUUUUUUUAUGUUUUAACUUGCCCGUUACAGUACUUUUGAGUCCACACAGUUUGGUACCAGCAUCAUCAUUAAUUAAAGUUCUGUGUCUCAUUUUG